AAAAACUGAUUAUUUUUACAACAGACAACCAUUGUAUCAGUUUGAUUAUUCGAUUCCCUUUUUCCAAAACACAUAAAUCUAUAAGGAAUUUAGCUCGAAAGCAUUUUCCCUAAAUAAACCUUUGUGGCUUCUACUUUAGCCUCCAAGAAUCAGAGCAAAGUAAACCCAAAAUGCCGGAUCGUUUCUAUCCAAAUGAAAUGCCGGAAUUCAUCAAAGAAGAAGAACCACCGCCACCUGAAACCACCACAAAUCCCCUAACAAAGACUCUAUCUCUUCCCUACAACCUAUUUUCCGAUCAACUCAAACGAGCAGCCUUCGACCUCAAACGCACUAUUGUGUCGGAGACUUGGGGAAACACCGGGAAACGUUUAACCGAUUACACGCUGUACACAGGUGCGCUAGGCACAGCUUCGAUCGUUUUCAAGGCUUACACAACAAGAAAGAUCUUGAUUUAUGUAGAGAUAUUCUUAAAGCUUGCGAUUCUGCCUCUUUUGGCUUUAGUUUUUUGCAGUCGCAGCCCUGUGACAUUCAUCUGUGGUCAGGUCGGUGUAUCUGCUCUUGGUGUCGUCGUGGCCAAACAAAGCAACGAUGAUCAAUUGUUUAAUCACUAUCUGACAAGAUUUAAAAAGAUAAAGCUUCCUAAAGAUCUUCCAAAUGAACUAUUUUUUGGUAGAACAGGUUACUUAUGGGCAUGUCUGUUCAUUAACAAGAAUCUUGGUGAAAACAUUAUAUCCUAUACCCACAUGAGAGAAAUCAAAGAUGAAAUUAUCAAGGCUGGUAGAAAUAUGUCUACUAGUGAAUGUCCAUUAAUGUAUGAGUGGUAUGGAAAAAGGUAUUGGGGAGCUGCUCAUGGGUUAGCGGGGAUAAUGAAUGUCUUAAUGGACAUGGAGUUGACUGAAGAUGAAUUGAAAGAUGUUAAGAGUACACUUAUUUACAUGAUUAACAACCGUUUUCCUAAUGGAAACUAUCGAUCAAGUGAAGGUAGUAAUUCAGACCACUUCAUUGAUUGGUGCCUUGGUGCUACUGGGAUGGCUCUUACCCUCACCAAAGCAGCCACAGUUUUUGGAAGUGAUGAGUUUUUAAAGGCAGCAACUGAUGCGGGAGAGGUGGUAUGGAAACGCGGUUUACUUAAAAAAGUUGGAAUCUGUCAUGGAAUCAGUGGCAAUGCGUAUGUUUUUCUUUCACUUUAUCGCUUAACAGGCGACAUCAAGUUCUUAUACAGAGCCAAAGCUUUUGCCACCUUCCUCUAUCAUAAAAGUCAAACCCUUAUAACUCAAGGGUCAAUGCAUGGAGGUGAUCGACCCUUUUCACUAUUCUAAGGCAUCGGAGGUGCAGCUUAUCUUUUUCUAGACAUGGUAGAUCCAUCCAUGGCUAGGUUCCCUGCCUAUGAGAUAUAAAUACUCUUUUUCUCCAUUAAGUCAUGUAUGUAUGUGUAAAUGUAAUGUGGUUGAAUGACUGUAUGCAUUACAAGUUGGGUGGUAUCUUAAUAUAUGACAGGUUAAGUGUUGAAUCCAUAAAGCUUAUUAAUCAGAAGAAAAACAGCCUCUAAAUGGCUAGUGAUUUUAUUACGGAAUAUCAUUCAAACCAUUACCUAUGCUCACAUUUUAACCAAAGUUAAGCUAACCCAACUAGUUUCUCACUAAUCUCCCAUACUUUACGUGCUUUAGUGACAUCACUAGCUUCUUCUGACAACUGAUUCUCAAAUGAAGCCGAGUUGUUAUUCCAACUCCAGUAAACACCCGAUUUUGUCAAACUUGGAUCACUCACAACCUGAGCAAGUCUCUUUCCGGAUUCAUCCUCGGAAACAUACCCUUUGGUGAUGUACUUUUGGAAGGGAGGGAAUAGGAGUCUGAACAACGGAAUAUGCUCCCGGAAUAAACCCGUUGUGGCAAUACAACCGGGAUACAAAGAAGCGAAUGUGAUUCCGGUUUCUUCAUGGAAUCGGCGAUGGAAUUCCUGCAUCAUCAGCAUGUUACAGACCUUACUGUCUUUAUACGCCUUUGCUCCGUCGAAAUCAGCACCAUCGAUCAUGGCAGAACUAUUAAGCCCGUUUAGACCACCUGCUAAACCCCUCAUGUCCCCUAAGUUAGCCUUUGGGGGGACAUUUCCAGCUAAAGUGUUGGUGUUACCCGUGAUUGACCCAACAAUUAUGAGUCUUUUUGAAGGGUAAUCUGAUUGUUUCAUUUCGUCGAGCAGUAGGCGUGCAAGAAGGAAGUGACCAAGGUGAUUUGUCCCAACACUUAGCUCGAAACCAUCGGCUGUGUAAGUGGGUUCUUUUGCAGUUGGUAAGUAAACAGCUGCGUUACAGACUAAUACAUCCAGAGGUUGACCUGAUUGUUUGAAGUUUGCUACAAAUUGUUUGACACUGUCGAGUGAUGCGAGGUCUAGAUGCAUGACUGUGUAGUUUUCUUUUGGCAUUCCAGAUGAUUUUGCAGCUCUUUCUGCUUUUAGAAAGUCUCUGCAAGCCAUUAUCACGUGCCAUUUUCCAGUUUCCGCUAGAGAUUUUGCUGUGGCUAGACCUAGACCCGAGGAAGCUCCGGUGAUGACGACUGUACCUUUUCUUAGGGUUUUCUUGCCGUCGGUUGAUGCCUGGUUGACUGAUGGAGUUGUGGUGGCUACAGCUUUUGUUUUGAGUGCUCCCCUUUGGGUGAAUUCCUUCCUGUUCUUUGAUGAUGUGAAGUCGACUUUAAGAUGAGUUGACAGUGGUACUCCAAAUAGGGUGGAGUCUUUCAAAGAAGCCUGCAAAAAUCGAAAGAAGAUGUAGUAGCCUGGAGUGCCAUUGGAGAUAUCUGUAAAUAUCUAAUUAAGAUUGUUGAAGAUAGAUCAUAUUGGUGUGGGGGUAUUUAUAAUUUUAUAUAUAGGAUAUACAACACGGAGAGAC